UCAUCUGGAGAGAGCUUCCCGAUUCUGAACGUUCAGUCUGCCGUUGAUGAUGGCGCUGCUCCGGCCGAAGCUCCCGUCGGCUCCGGUUCUCUCUUCUCUCCUUAAACUCGCCGUACGUUCCCGCCUUUUCUCUGCUCUGCCGCUCCACGAAGAUGCCCCGGAGAGCUCAAAGGACGAGACCCCGGAAGCUGCCCUGAGCUCAACGGACGACACCGCGGAAGCUGCGCCGAGUUCAGCCCCUCUUCCUCCCGGAGAAGCCCUUGUCGCCGAGAAGCUCCACGCCCUAAUCAAGGAGCACCACCGCAAGAACCCCAGCCCCAAUCCCGCGCCGCCGCAUUCCAACUUCACUAUUACCUCCCUCUCGCUUGAAUUCGCCCAGGUGGCCUCUGCCGCCGCCCAGCCUCUCUCCGCCGCCAUUUUUCGCCAGGUUAUUGAGAGAUGUGCCGCCCCUCGCCACGGGAUCCCCGUCCUCCAGGCCCUGGCCUUCUUCAACUGGGCAACCGCGGACACCGGAGACCAUCUCGAGCCUGGCGCGGCCCUCUCCCCGGAACCCUACAACGAGAUGGUCGACCUGGCCGGAAAAGUCAGGCAAUUUGACCUCGCAUGGCACGUGAUCAAUGUGAUGAAAUCCCGGGGAGUGGAGAUUUCAGUGAAGACGUUCUCGAUCCUCAUCCGGCGGUACGUGAGGGCGGGAUUGGCCGCGGAGGCUGUCCAUGCAUUCAACCGCAUGGAGGAGUAUGGAUGCAGCCCAGAUAAGUAUGCCUUCUCCAUCGUGAUCGGUAUGCUGUGUAGGAAGAGAAGGGCCGUUGAAGCUCAGACAUUUUUCGAUAGCUUAAAGGAUAGGUUCGAGCUUGAUGUUGUUGUCUACACUAGCUUAGUAUUCGGGUGGUGCCGGGCGGGUAACAUUUCCGAAGCUGAGAGGUUAUUCUGGGAAAUGAAGAACGCCGGAAUUAAGCCCAAUGUGCACACUUAUAGUAUAGUGAUUGAUGCCCUGUGCCGGUGCGGGCAAAUUACUCGUGCCCAUGAUGUCUUUGCGGAGAUGAUUGAUGCGGGUUGUUCACCCAAUUCGGUCACCUUCAACAACCUUAUGCGGGUCCAUGUGAAAGCCGGGAGGACCGACAAGGUCCUGCAGGUCUACAAUCAGAUGAAGAGGCUGGGCUGUGAGGCCGACACGAUCACUUACAAUUUCCUCGUUGAGACUCACUGUAAGGAUGAGAAGCACGAGGAGGCGAUCAAGGUUCUUAACUCGAUGGUCAGGAAGGGAUGCCACCCUAAUGCACAUACAUUUAAUCCGAUAUUCCGGUGCAUUGCGAAGCUGAGAGACGUGAAUGGGGCCCACUGGCUGUUCGGUAGGAUGAAGGACUUGAAGUGCUUGCCCAACACAGUGACUUAUAAUACACUGAUGAGUAUGUUUGUGGAGUCAAAGUCUACGGACAUGGUUCUCAAGCUAAAGAGAGAGAUGGACGAGACGGGGGUCGAGCCCAAUGUGAACACUUACCGAAUUCUGAUCUCGAUGUACUGUGGAAUGGGGCACUGGAACAAUGCGUACAAGUUGUUCUUGGAGAUGAUCGAGGAGAAGUGCUUGAAACCCGGUCUGCCCGUUUACGAGAUGGUUCUAGGACAGCUGAGGAAGGCCGGCCAACUGAAGAAGCAUGAGGAGUUGGUGGAGAAGAUGGUCGACCGGGGAUUUGUUACUCGACCGUUGUGACAAAUAGUCUGGGCUACAUUGGGAUUAAUCUCUAUCACAUUCAUUCAUCUCGGGAGUUUCUCGGUGGGGGCUUCAGCACUACCCGAGCGAUCGUGAAGAAAGCCCGACCCUAAUGCACCAUUGGAUCGAUACGGGGAAUUGAGAUCAUUCCAUCAUCGCAUCCUUUCCUCUCGGUCUCAGAAACUUCUCGUUGGGGCUCUCCUUGUUGGUGAGUAAACCCAAUCUACUUUUUUGAACUCUGGUGGAGAUUUCCGGUACCUUGAACAUUAAAAUAGCAAUCGAAGUUUUGAAGGAAUGAUCAUGAUCCUGAAAUUCACUUUGUGACAAUUAGUCUCACUGAAGAGCUGGUUUAGAAUUUUGGAACUGCAAUGUGUAUCAUGUCCCAGUGGUAAUAUUUCGGGUUCGUCCUAGGUUUUGAACUGCUGGUUCCGGCAUGAAUGUUGCACGGAAAUUAAUGAAGCUUGCUGUCUUGAUCUUGGUUUUCAUUAGUCGCUUUGUAGGUUCGAUUAUCGAGCUUGAGCUAAUCUAAACACCGAUUCCUUGUUGGAGGA